UGUCAGCGCCCACAAACAAUAACAACGAACAAAUAUUUGUUUAAUAAUUUACGUUAUGUGUAAAGUAUGAUAGUUAUCGGAAAAUGUUUUAUAUAUUAAAAUAAUGAUUGUGUAAACGUCUUCUCAUUGUAUAUGGUUUCAUUUAAUUAGAGUAACUUUAUUCCUUGUUUUGAACUGUAAACUUCACUUCACUGCUUCAGUCUUCAUGUUACGAUGUUACGAAAGCCGGGAAGAAGAGAGUUCAAUAAGAUUUAAACGUUCAAACUAAUAUUAUUACGAUUUUGACAGUCACAUAAAAGUGUGAACAACAUAUCUAAAGGGUAUUCUUAAACAAUUGAAAGUGACUAGAAAUUAAAGAAAAAAAGAAAUAACAUUUUAUUUAAAUUGUAAAAUUUAACAGUAUUAAAUCUACUUCAGUCUGUGAUUCACAUUCAAAUGGAUAAAGUAACAAAUCGUGAGUUUGCAAGGUCCUUAACACUUUCACACAAAACUGCAUUUGUAUUGGACAGAAGUCAAUAUUUUUCAAAGUCAUGUAAACAACCUAUUGAGUAUGAUGUGUUACUUCGAAUGAAAACGCCAGGAAUAAUACCUGCAGCUCCAAUUACAAAGUCACUUUGGUGUUGUAAUUUGGAAUGCAUGAUAGAAUACAUGCGAAUUGUUUUCGACAUUUAUCCUGUUAAAAAAUUGAUACGCAUUAUUGCUGGAAGCAAGUCUUUGAACUCAUGGAUGCAGAAAGAGCAGAACAUACAACAGGUUAUGUUGGCUCUGGCUCACCUAGGCGUGCCUGGGACUGACACAUCUGAUGAAGACUACAGUGUGAUGCAUGGCCUGACCCGUGCCAUCGAGAGCAUGUGUGAGCCCAGCGAGCCCCAGAUAGACGCGCUAAACACCGACAGCGACAUUCGCAAUUGUGGCAGAAUCAUUUGUAUGACAUGUAUGAAGAGUGAAAACCAUGUGCGAAUGUUAGAAGAAUGUGUGCUGGAUGCCAUCACUGAACAUAACAAGCUUGCCGCUUCACAAGAGGGGUUGUUGCCUAUUGACAACAUCGAGUUGACUCUAGUUCACAUCACCCCAGUUGGAGAUGAGUCAAGGAUUGCAGAAAGAGCCAAGAAGGAGAUCUCGUCCCUUCUGUCAAGCGAGGUGUUGGUUACGCAGUCGGGCAAGUUCCUCUACAACAAGCUCGUGGCUCAAGUGCAGAAACAUUAUAACCUGGGUUCCACGACCGUGACGGGAAUCCCAAUGAAGGAAGAGCAGAAUGCCAGUUCGUCGGCUAACUAUGAUGUAGAGUUGCUGCAUCCUUCCUCUGUCCAUGAUGAAAUCUUCAAGACGGUUGAAAACGUGGAAGGUUUGGUAAUUCCAUCAAAAGAAGGGUUGCCAACGGAAACUGUCACUCUCAAGUGGUGUACUCCUAAAUCCAAUAUUGUAGAACUGCACCACUGUUCUGGUGCUCACCGGAUCACUCCUGUUGACGUGAACAGUCGCCCAUCGUCAUGUUUGACUAACUUUCUUCUAGGAGGUAGAUCAGUGUUACUGGAGCAGCCUCGUAAGACUGGGGUGAAGGUCAUAUCUCACAUGUUGACGAGCCACGGCGGAGAGAUCUUCAUACACACGAUACCAACAGCCCGGUCCAUUCUCGAAGAUCCUCCGUCUAUCAGUGAGGGCUGCGGGGGGCGGGUCACCGACUACAGAAUCACAGAUUUUGGAGAAUUUAUGAAAGAAAAUCGUUUGGCACCAGCCACCCCAGGCAUGCUGUCUGAAUACACAGAUGCCCCCAUUGUCAGAGCCCAAAAUAUUUUGGAACGCUUGACCCGGUUUUGGCCAAUGAUCAUAAGUGAAACAAUUUUGUUUAAUAUGACCACGAACAUGGAGCCGCUAGUGUCCCUCAUUGUGAAGCCGUCUCUGACAGAAGACGAUGUCCUGGAGUGCAAGAAGGUCAUCUUCCGCAUCGUUGGCAUGGAGAACAACAAUGAACCCUUGCCUGUGCCAGGGGUGGGUGCACGGGGCAAGGGACCAAAGAGAGAGGAGCAGUACCGGCAGCUGUGGAGUGAGAUGGAACAGCUGAUUCGCGACUACGUGUCCGAGUCCACCAGACACGCGGCUGUCCUCGAGUGUCUCCUGGAGUGCAAGAAGCCAUCGGAGGAAGUGAAAUCAUCUCCGAAGAAAGCACCCGAGAAGUCUGUCAAGGAAGAGAAGAUGGAGACAGACAGUAAUCCACCAUGGAAGGAGUUUGACAAAUUUCAGCGUAUAACAGAAAUGGAAAAGCAAGAGUCAUUGAAGGGAGAUAAAUCUACUGACCCGACGCCAACUAAACGGAUGAAGUCCGAAGAAUCUUUCUUCAAGUCUGGAGGCCAGAAUCUGUUGACGAUGUGGACGAACCGGAUUAAAACCAUUCAUGGCAAAAGGCAUCCCGAGUUUGUGGGUCGACUUGAAAGUGCGGGAAAUGUCGCAGAGUUGUAUCAGCACAUGAAGGAAGAAGAGGAAGCCCCACCGGAGACACAGCUAUCAUCUCAAGCCCCCAGACUACCCCAUCCCAAACAGCCGACGUGUAGACGCUAGGCAUUGUCAACAACCACUGUUCAAAUUGUGUCUACACAAUAAUGUUUCACCGGGGCGAUAUUACAAUUGGUUGUCCAGUCACCUAGUAGUUGUUGGCCAAAACAGACAAAUAAACCAACAUGCUAGAUGAUGAAGAUUUCACUUCAACUUAUUUUCGAACAUAUAUCCAAUUAAUGUUCAAGCACGCUGUCCUGGGCACACACCUCAGCUGUCUGGGCUGUCUAUCCAGGACAGUGGGUUAGUUGGUUAGUGAGAGAGAAGAGAGUGUAGUGGUCUUACACCUACCCAUUGAAUUGUUAAGACCCAUACCGGGUUGUGAACCCAGAACCUACCAUCCUUAUGUCCAAUAGCUUAACCACGACGCCACCAAGGCCAGUUGCUGAAGAUGCUGAUUCUGAUGCUUUUGUUCUCAUCAAAAAAUGUUUGCCUGUCAUUUACAAGCUACAACAACUGAGCUUACUUAGACUUAGAUACUGUAUUUGAAACACACACGUACCCACAUACACUCACACACACACUCGGAACUCAUACACAUGUAUACACAUACUUACACACAUUUAUUACACAAUUUAUAUACACAAGAAAGAAAAACAUUAAAUAAACAAAUUUUAAAAAAUCACAACACAAGUUUUGCGCAUUUCUCUUCUUCUGUUUUUAAUGCAUACCCAGGUAUGCUAUUGCUUUUGGAACAAAUACAAUUAUAUUUUGCAAGAACAUGAUCGCCCACUAUUUUUUUAAAAUAUUUUAUUUAAAAGUAGAAGUAAGUACAUGUAGCUGGCAACUGGCAUUAAAAUUUUAUUCUGUUUCAUAUAUUCAUCUUUCUAAAUGUUCAUGUUGGUAAUAGAUUAAUAACUUGGAUUUCACAAAGUGUUUCAAAUUCCAGUGACUUAUCAUUUACAGCAACAGUAUUAACUGCAUAUGAUUUAUGCAAAAAUUAUAAACCCAAAGUACUCUCACUGUGCGAUUUUGAGGAGAGUCCGGGAGCCUGAGGCUCGCAAAAAUCAUAUAGGACUCUUUAGCUUGGCUAGCAUACGAGCCCACAAAAUGACACCAUCAACAUAUAUCUCAAAAUCUUGGGAAACCACAGUCUUGAAUGGUGAUCUUUUCCUUGGUUUUAUGAAAAACAUUUAGUGUAUCUUCUGUUCUACCAGAAACCGUGCUGCUUGUUGGGCUAGUGGCAGGCUCUCAAGAUUUGCAAACAGGGAGUCCUUAUGACCACUAUCACCAUUAAGACUGCAGCUUGUUGGGUUGGUGGCAGGCUCUCAAGAUUUGCCAACAGGGAGUCCUUAUGACCACUAUCACCAUUAAGACUGUUAAGCAGUUACAACAAGUAACAACAUGACAAAUAGUGGUGUUGUGCCUUUACAAACAUAAACUAGUGAAUUUCAACAAUGUUUGAUAUUUAGAACCCUUCAACAUUGGAACUUGUCAUCUCCAGAUAAGAUUUGAAUAUUUUAGGUUGUUGAAAUUAUAGGCAAUUUUUCACUCAGAACAAAAUUUCAUCAUUUUUUUUUUGACAAUAUCCACAUACAUAUUGUUUCAAAUGUAGUCUAGCUGUACAUUAGACAUUGUUGCACUUAAAAAACAAAUCCAUGUAAGUUACAUUAUGUUUGUGUAUGAAUGUUUAUGUGCAUCCAGCAAAAGAGAACGAUUUUAUGAAUCCAAUUCUAGUUUGUAAGUUUCAUUGUCAUUGAAUAAAAAGAGAACAAUA